AUGGGCGGCCCGCUGCCCCUCCGUCCUCGUCGGCACGUGCCUGCCCGCCCCCUCGGGCCACUGCCGCGCCCCGACGGCCCCGGCAUGGACGUGCCCGGCCGGUCGCCCGUCGGCCCCCUGGUCGACCCCGAGGGCGCGGCGGCGGGACGGGGCCCGAGUCCAGAGGCGGCCGUCCAGGAGGAAGAGGCGGCGUACGUAGAGAUCCGCGGCUCGCCGCGGGGACCAGAGGAAAGCCGGCAGCCCCCCGAGCUGGCUUCGGCCGGCGGCGCAGAGGAAGCGGCCGGUCCCGCAUCGGAAAACGGAGCCGGCGGGACCGGGGAUAGUCGCGGCUCGGCGAGCGGGGGGUCGCCGGGCAGGUUCGCCGGGCCAGCAUCCUCAGUUGGCGAGCGGGAUCGUCAGCCUUCCCCGGGCGCAGCGGCGGCGGCGGGAUGCGGCGCGGAGUCCGGCCCCGGCGCCGGGGCGGCAAGGAGCGGCGAGCCGCCGGAGGCGGGGGGCUGCCCGGAGUCCUCCUCUUCCUCCUGCCCUUCGCCAGUGACCAAGGCGAGCGGCUUUCCCGCAGUGGGUCAUCCGGUGUCGACGGAGGGCAAAACCUCCUCGUCCUCCUUCGGCUACGAAAGCGAGGAGGAGGAGGUGGACGCGGGGCGCAAGGCGGCUCCCCCCGGCGCCCCCCCGGGCAUCCCCCCCGGCGGUGGCCGCGACGAGGCGCACUAUAUCAGCACGCAGGAGAUCCAGCUGAGCGAGGUGGAUCACGAUAUGGACUUCGACGCGGGGCUGGCAGCCCGCUGGGACUUCGAGGACAACAACGUGAUCUACUCGUUCGUGGACUACGCCUCCUUCGGGAGCGACGAGACCCCGGGGGACACGCCGACGGAGGGGGAGGAGGAGAAUAGCUGCUACCUCAGCACGACCACCAGCGAGCCCAACAACCAGACUGACAGCAUCGACAACACCAGCAGCACCGAGAUCAUCAGCCUUACCUCCGAACACGACACCCCCGGCGGGGACAAGCGCGCCAGCCCGGAGGAAAGCCGGUCCAAGCAGCCCGGCCGCCCCGCCGGGAGCCCGGCCGCCCAGCUUCUCCUAUCAAUCAAAGCCGCUUCCCGGGCUAUAAAUGAGUCUAGCAACGUGCGCGGAAAGCAAAACACUCUUUACGCUGCCAAGCAUGAAGGCGACAUGAGCUUCCGUGUCCCCGCGGCUCCUGAACGCAAUGCGAGUUUAAAAGUGGACGCGGUCCGCGACCACGCGAGAAAGUUCAUCGCGGUCCCCGCGCGGCUGCAGACGCGGUGCGGGGCUGGCAGGGCAGGCGAGCACUCCAGUGGCGCCUCCAGCGCCGUCAGCGAGCUCGACGAUGCCGACAAAGAGGUGCGGAACCUGACGGCCAGGGCUUUCCGCAGCCUGGCGUACCCCUACUUCGACACCCUGCGCCCUGGCUCCCGUGCCUCCUCCGCCUCUCUGCCCGACAAUGCCCUGGGUAUCAACCGUUGGUCCACCUUCCUGGACCUCAAGUGCGGCAGCCUGGGGCCGAGAGCUGAGCCCAGCUUGCUGCGCUCUGGCCGCUCGCAGACCAAAGCCCUCGAGUUCGUGGUCAGCAAGCUCGACGGGGAGAUCGCGCACGUCGAGGCGCCGCGGCGACUGCGGGCGGGCUCCCGGGUGGUGACCCUGCUGGACCUCGGCGAUGGCCCCGAGGCCGGGCCGCCCCCCGAGGCGGGCGGCGGGGAGCCGCCGACGGCGGAGGGCGGCGGGGGAGGGUCCAGCAAGAAGUCCAAGUUCGCCUCCAGCCUCCUAAAAAACAUCAUUUCCAAAAAGAUGCAGCUAGAGCAUGAGUUCAAGAUGGAGCGGGGCGAGAUCACCGACACCUCCUACACCGGGCUGGCCGCUGGCCGGGAGCCGGAGCCCGCGGGCAGUGGCGGCCGGGAGCGGCAGCGGGAAGGCGGCGUGCAGCGGCAGAGCUCCCGGCACUCGGAGGGCGGCGGCUCGGACUGCACGGCGGCGACGGCGGAGGACGCCGGCGAGUCCGGAGGCGGCCGCUCACCGGUCUCUAAGGCGUCGACGCCCCGCGAAGGGAGCCGCAGCCUGGACCGGGUGCUGUCGGAGGAGCUGUGCGAGGUGAAGCGCAGCGCCUCGGAAGCCAUCAAGGCCACCUUCCUCCGCAGCCAACACAGCGCCUUCAGGUCCUGGAAGGAGAGGGAGGCGGAAAGGAAGGAGGAGAGGGCGCCCGUCGGCAAGCUGAAGCUCUCCCCCAGGCACGACUGGCGGGCCGACCUGGGAGAGAUCUCCACCGGCAAGUCCACUAAAAUGUCCCGCCUGUUCGUCCCCGCCAUCCAGCACACCCCUCGGGAGAAGGAAACCGGCAAGCGGGUGACCAAGUGCUCCGCCGCCGCCUCCUCCUCUUCCUCGCCCCCCGCCGCCAAGCCCAAAGCCCCCGAGAUCAAGAUCAGCCUGGGCAGCCUGCAACCCCAGGACGCCGCCUUCAGCAUCGCCCAGCUACUGACGCCGCAGAUCGCAGGCCGGCCACCGGAGGAGUGCAGGGGCCAGCAGCCCAAGCCGACCAAGGCCGGCGACGGCUCCGACAAGGUGCCGCAGUUCCUGGUGCGCGACGUGAGAGACGCCAAGAACCGAGCCCAGGGGCCACUCCAUCAGGUGCGGGACGUGCGGAAACUCAUCAAAAGCACCUACAGCUGCGACUCCGGGGACAACAGCAGCGACAAGGGCAGCGUUGCCUCCGACCAGGGCGGCCCGGAGCAGAAGCCUCGGCAGCAACUGGUUAUCGCAGGCGUCCCUAGGUCACUCUCCCCCGUGGUCAUCACCUGCCAGGCCGUGGGCCACGCCAGCGCCAAGCCUGCCGAGGCAGGGGCCAAAGCAGCGGGCCGGGCGCCGGCCUGUCCCCCGGAGGGCACCGUUCUGGUGCACCGUACCUCGGGGAGGCUGCCGGUGGCCACCAUCGCCCCCAACAAGAGCGACCCGCGCCAGCCGGCCGUCCUGAAGAUCGUCUCCAAAUCCGCCGCGCCCUGGAGACACCAGCCCCCAGCGCCGCCGCCGCCCGCUGACAGGGGUCGGGGGCUGGAGGACGACCCGCGGGAGGAGGGCAAGGCGGCACCGGUGCAGAACGCGCUGGAGAAGCUGACGGCAGCGGUUCGGAGCAUGGAGGAGCUGUACAGCUUCAACAAGCGUGAGUGGAAGCGCAAGAGCGACCCGCUGCCCAUCACCGACAGCCACGUCCUCUCCCUCAUCACCAGCCAAGAGCGGGACGCCGGACCCCGGCCCACCCCCACCGCCGCCGCCGCUGCUCCCGUGCCGCCGCCGGCGGAUAAGGCAGAGGUGCCGUCGGCCAAGGGGCCGGGCAGCGAGCGGCUGCCCCGCCGCCCCUCCAACAACGCGGCCGACAAGGUUUCGGCCAAGGCAGCCGCCUUUGAGAGUCUGGCCCGGCUGCGCCAGCGCGGCCCGCCGCCCCCCCGCGCCGAGCCCGCUGCCACCCCCCGCGCCCUCCUCACCCUCCGCGGGGCCGGAGGAACGGGGGCCGCCGCGCCGGGCAAGCCCCGCUCCGAGGGCGGCGUGCGGGGCCAGGCGGCGCCGCGUUCCCCUCGGCUGCCCGCGGGCGGCAGCGAUGCGGAGCGCGGCUCGGACUGCGGUAACUACCUGGCGCUGCCGCUGAAGGCGGCCGCCGAGCCCGGCUCCCCCCCUUCCCCGGGGGCGGGAGCGGGGGCGGGCGGCGGCGUCCGCCCCAGCACGACGCAGCGCAAGGUGCUUCUGGACGUGAGCACUGGGCAGUACUACCUGGUGGACACGCCGGUGCAGCAGCCACUCAAACGACGCCUCUUCGACCCCGAAACCGGGCAGUACGUGGAGGUGCCGGUGCCCCAGCAGCCGGCCGUCGCCCCAGUCCCGCUGCCCCUCUCGCCCCUGGCCCUCAACGCCGGGGCCUACGGUGCCACCUACAUGCUCUACCCCAGCCUCCUGCCUGCCGCCGCCAUGCUGCCUGCCGGUGCCUUGCAGCGCCCACUGUCCCACACAGGCAGCGAUGCCAGUGCCUCGGCCGAGCCCAGCAGCCCAGCAGUGGCAGAGGUGGCUUUUGCCGACAGCCCCUACUACGUGGCUACUGGCAAGGGCCCGCCGCCGCCACAGCAUGGGGCGACAGAGACGAAGCCAGUCAUCAGCAUCACAGCACCGGCCACCGGCCCACGGAUUGUCGCGCCGCCCUCCUUCGACGGAACCACCAUGCGCUUCGUGGUGGAGCACCGGUGA